GAGACAGACUGUGGGAGGGUGAUUUUUAGGGGAGGGUCCAGUGGCUGAUGUGGUGAGUAGGGCUGUGGCAGAUCUUACAAAUCAAAGGCUAUUCCAUCUCUCUGGAGGACUGGUACACGGAGCUCACGGGCACUAUACUGGACGUCCAUCAAAUUGAAACAGGCCCUGUUCAGGAUGAUGGCUGAUAUCAACUGAGGCGUUUAAGCCCAUUACCUUCCUUAGUCUUUGUCACAAGUUAAAUAGGAGACCCUUUGAUCCAGAGAAAUGGACAAAGAUAGGUGUGCUUGAGGGAAGAAACAAAAACAUAUUAUUCAGAAAUUGCUGAAAUCUGUACCACACGUUUUGUGCAUUGUGUGUGGAAUAAUUUUAUCCAGAUAAUAUUCAUAUUUUAGCACCUCUGAAAUAUCAGCAGCUGGGCUUUUUGUCUAGCAGCCUGUUGACAAUUUUCAGGCCUAUUUGCUUCCUCAUAUGAUUGUAGCAAUUUGUUUUAAGUGCAGCUAGCCCAAAAUCUUGACCAAAAUAACUGAAGUCUACAUUAGUCACAAGGCAGUUGUAUGAAUGCUGUAAAGAGCACUUGCCUGCACACAUCAUAGAGAAUAAUUGAGUCACUCCCAGGUGAAGCUGCAGUGAAUUAGAGACCCCAUGGCCACUCCGUGGAUGACGUGGCGCCGGCAGGCUGGGCCGUGUGGUCAGUCUGCUGGGCUGAUGCUGACCGUGCUCCUGGGCCUACUGCUGCUGCCACUGCCACUGUGGGGGCCUCGUGGAGUGUGUGCCCAGAACGACACGGAGCCCAUCGUGCUGGAGGGAAAGUGCCUGGUGGUGUGCGACUCCACCCCGUCCUCGGAGCCCGCUGGCAACGCCCUGGGUAUGUCAGUACGCUCGGGCACCGGGAGGGUGGCCUUCUCUGUCACCCGACAGACCAACCAUGAGCCCACAGACAUGAGCAAUCGCACCAUGAUCAUUUAUUUUGAUCAGAUAUUGGUGAAUGUGGGUAGUCACUUUGACCAAGAGAGCAGUGUCUUUUUGGCUCCUCGAAGAGGCGUGUACAGUUUCAAUUUCCAUGUGGUAAAGGCAUACAACAGGCAAACCAUACAGGUGAGCCUGAUGCUGAAUGGCUGGCCUAUGAUAUCUGCCUUCGCAGGGGACCAGGAUGUGACAAGAGAGGCGGCCACCAACGCUGGCCUGGUGAUUAUGGAGCGAGGGGAUAAGGCCUACCUCAAGCUGGAGAGAGGAAACCUGAUGGGGGGCUGGAAGUACUCCACCUUCUCUGGCUUCUUGGUCUUUCCCCUAUAGAGGAAGAAGGGGUGGAAGGUGUAGGGGGGUAGAAGAGUUAGGGACAGUUUCAAUAAAAAAAGAUGUAUCAUCCUUAUAACGUUAAUGAACUAAGUCUCACAGACAGAAAUUAAGAUCUGCAAUGACAUAUUCAGAAGGUCAACACAGAAAGCCAGAACGUUACAAUGAGAUGAUUCUUUGUCUGUGCACUCUUGGUGAAUUAUAGAUAUUGGAUUAGGUUUGGUUGACAGGUGCAUGAUCUAUUGGAAUUAUAUUUCUGCGGAUAUAAUUUCCUGCUGAAAUUUCCAAAUUUGCCUGGUAAAAUUCACAAGCCAUGUAACAGUGCAUAAGAUGGUGUUUCAGGACAAUUGACUAAGUCCUUUAUUAUUUAUUUCCUGAAUAAAACCAUCUGAAAUUGAAUACCAGAAAUUAAGUGUAAGAUGGUUUGUCUUUUCAAA